AUGGCAACACCUAUCAAUCAAACCUUUUUCCAUCCAAAAGGUCAGUCCACCUGUAGUGAACAUAAAGGGAGGCAACUGGAUCUUUAUUGUGAGAAAUGUGAUCAACUUAUCUGCCUAACAUGUAUGUUGACAACUCACGGAAGUCACCCUGUUUGUCAGCUCAGUGCAAUUACUCCUCAAAAGAAACAAGAUAUUGAAAACUUCAUUGAAAAAACAGAACAAAAUGACCUGGUAAAAGUCGGGGAAUAUAUCACCUCUGCUGAUAUACUACUUAAAGACAACACCAGUAAUUUUGAGAAACUUUCACUCCAACUAAAAACUCAAACAGAUAAAUUAAAACAUGAACUCGAUCUACAUACAACACAGACACUCUCUAUUUAUAAACAGAUGGAAGAGGACAACACUAGGCUGAUACAGAAAUACAAAAAUGAACUGGAGAUGUACGACAAACAGCUGAAACAACAAUUACAGGAUUGUCAGGUGACCCUUCAACGUGGUUCUCACCUGGACAUCUAUGACACAGAAAUAUAUCCCUCAUUAAAUUUCCCUGUAAAACCUGUCCUAGGUACAACCAGCUUCACACCUAACACAAAUCCUCACCAUUAUCUACAACAGGCCUUAGGGACAGUUACCACCUCAGGUCAAACAUCGAUUGACCAGGAUCGGUCAGUCUCAGCACCAGAUGAACAGGGGCAAUCCUCUAAACAACAACAAACAGGAGUAAAAGGGAAGAAAGCAGUGACAAGUAAAAAACUAUGGUUAGAGACCAUAGUGAUGAAGGAAUGGGAAUCUCCAUGUUGCAUUUCGUCUGUAUGUCCCACCACUGAUGGUCAGGUGUGGACCUGUAACUAUUUAAGUGAUACAUUAACUCUCUUAAACAGGGAGGGUAAAGUAGUACAGGAGGUCAAACAUACGGCUGUCAUCAAUUACAUCAGUCUAUCACCCACAACACACACACUGUGGGUCUGUGACGAGAAAAAAAACAUUAUGGAACUGGCAUCAGGACAACUUACAAACAAAUUCAGAACCAAGGAGUUCCCCAGGUGUAUAUGUGUUACAGCCAGUAACCAUAUCAUUGUUGGAAUGAACAAGCACAUCUCGAAAUUUACCACACAAGGUCAAAUGGUGCUCACUACAAUGACCAGAAGGACACGGAAACCAUUACUACAUACACUGUACAAGAUGGCAGAGUGUCCAGUAACUCACAAUGUCACAGUGAUUGAUUUCAACGAUGAAAGUGACAGUGGUGAUGGAGACAGACAUGUUGUUGUCAUGGAUGCUGAUUUCCAGGAACUGUUUGUAUAUAGAGGUGACAUCCCCAGUGCAUAUAAACAAACACCAGAAACAGAAGAUGAACUAUUUAACCCCUGGUGUGUGGUGUAUGACAGUGUGGGGAACCUCAUCAUAGGGGAUUUAAGCAACUGUAGGGUCCUACUCCUCAGUGGAGGUGGUGAGUUCCUCAGAAUCAUAUACACAGAACCACUGGGGGCAUGGGAAGUAGGUGUAGACAGGGAGGAUGUUCUGUGGGUAGUGUUUGAGGAUGACAAUGUAAAACUACUACAGUACAGCAGUGUGUAA